GACGACAGCCAGUCCCAGGAAUCUCAUAUUAUCAAACAUAACUGGUGAAAGCAAAUUACCUGCAGAACAAAUCUGACAUUUAAAUUUAGCAUUAUGGCAAAAAUUUUCUCUCCGGUUUGCCUCUGUUUGUGUUUGUUAGUAAUUGAUGCUCGACCUCCAGAAGCGAAGGGCCAAGGAAAAGAUCGUGUCUACGAUCAAGACUUGUCGGAAGAAGAGCAUUUUAAGGAAGAAGAACACAACGCCGAAUAUGAUCACGACGCUUUCCUUGGAAAGGAGAAGAAGAAAUUUGAUGAGUUGACGCCUGAGGAAUCGAAAGAGAGACUAGGGUAUGUGAAAAGUUGCAGAAAAUUGCGGACUCUGUCGCUUUGGGUUGUCUUUGCAUGAACAUGAAAUCGCCAUUCGCUGCUGCAGCAGAAGUGAUAUCGAUGGAAUCACUUAGUGAUUGCCGGGUGAUGCAUGAAAUUAUGUUAUGAUAAGCGGGCCUCAUGAAAUUUUUGGCUUUACGGAAAUAUUUUGAACUGCGUUCAACAAGGCGAGAAAUUUUUAAUUGUGCUAAAAUAAUGCUUCAAACAGGAGAACGUUUACUUCGAUCCGUUAAUUGAUAAUUGCUCUUCAGCUUUGCCACGUCGUCAGCAUUAACCAAAAUUUUAUAUCAGCUGAAAUUAGGAUGUUUGUGUAUGGAUUACAACCCCAUUGUUUAUCGUGUUACAAUUUUGUUCAUUUUCUAGCCUGCGAAUAAAUUUUUGGUGCGUAUUUCCAUAAGGAAAUAUCUUAGUGACUCAUGCAUAACAGCAUGAAGUAAGCAUGUUUAUCAAUUAUUGGAUCAUUGCUAUUCUUCUUAUUGUUCCUACGGCUUUGUUGGUGAUGUAACAAUCUUUUUCUUGAAUGUAAGGCACUAAAUUAUUAAGUAUUCUUUCGCUCUCGAGUAAGCAUCAUGGAAAACAUCGCUUUUGCCUGGCGUUUGACAUUUCACGUAAAUCUUUAUUUCCGAACUGUGCCACGUGGCACAAAAGUGCAUUUUUUGGGGAGAUGGGUAGGGGUGACAAAUUGCUAUUCAGAUUAUCAGGAAGGUCAACAUUAAUCCCUUCCUUGUCCAUCAUUCCAAAUAAUGAUAGACCUGAUGCAGUGAAAUUUUAACCAAAUCUCCUCAUCUUUAUUUGUUUUGCAGAAAAAUUGUGGACAGAAUUGACAAAGACAAUGAUGGAAAGAUCACACAGAAAGAACUGGAGGACUGGAUCAAAUUUACUUCCAAGCGUUAUGUCUUUGAAGAUGUUGACAGGCAAUGGGAACAGUUGAAAAAAAUUGAAAAUUCACAUAUGACUCUUGAAGAGCGUUAUGUUGACAAGAAAGAAGUAGAUCCUAAUGGACCAAUUGGCUGGGAGCUGUAUAAAAACAUGACUUAUGGGUAUAUUCCAGGUAAGUUCAACCCCUUAACCUUUAAACACCCAAGAUCUAGUUGUUAAUUCUCUCCUCCAGGUGCUACACAUUUCUUUGUAAAUUGGUCAUGAGAAUUAGGUGGUAGAUCAAGAUGAAAACUUCUACCUGAUAAAUUUUAGUAUUCUCAUAACCUAUGUGCUGGAUAACAUAAUUUUUUAUGGAUAAUAUAGGGUGAAGUUAAAUGUUUGUCACUUCAAGGUGAGUGACCAAGACAGAAUUCUUCUUUACAAUAUCAAUUAAAUAGCAUGCAGACAAGUGAUUAGAAUUAACCCUUAAACUCCCAUGAGUGACCAAGACAGAAUUUCUCCUUUCAAUAUCAAUACAAUAUCAACCAGAUAAGUGAUUAGAAUAAUAGAAAAAUACAAAUUUGACAUGAGCAUAUGUAAACACGGUUUUCGUUCCUCUUUCAUUAGUUAUGUUAUAAAAGAAAUGUAAAAUGGUUUCCGUGUUUACAUAGCCUGAUGUAAACAUGCAGGAGGUUGGGAGAACACUCGAUAAGCUGGAAACCACUCCGCUUCGCAUUGUGGUUUCCUAUGCUUAUCUCAUGUUCUCCCAACCUCCUGCAUGUUUACAUCAGGCUAUGUAAACACGGAAACCAUUUUACAUAAAUUUCUUCAUUACAAGAAUUGUAUAGUUGACAGUAAGGAGAAUUACAAACUUGAUCUGGGAGUUAAAGGGUUAAGAAAAAUAUAAAUGACGGAAUCAUUGGUUAAUCUGAUACCACAUUUAUUGCACUAACAUUUUAAUAAUUGUAUGGCAGACAGUGAGGAGAAUUACUGAUAAGGUCUUGAGAGUGAAGGGUUAACCCUUUAACUCCCAAGAUCUGAUUGUUAAUUCUCCCCUCUAGCUGCUACACAUUUCCUUGUAAAUUAGUUAUGAGAACUUGGUGCUAGAUCAAGAUAGCAGCUUCUACCUGAUAAGUUUGAAUAUUCUCAUUACCUAUUUGCUGAAGAAUGUAUGGAUGUUGUAGGGAGAAGUUUUAUGUUAAUCACUUCUGGGAGAUAAAGGGUUCACGCAAUUUAUAAAAAUUCUCCCAGUUUACAGUAUGUUUUGUUUCUGGAACAAAAACAAAGUACUAUAGUAGAGACACUGCACACUUCUUACUGCUAAAGUCCUCAAAUAAUCCCAGAUUUGAAGGUGUCCCUGGUUGAGCAUGUUGUUGAUUCAGCUUUUGGGGGAGGGAGUGCAAUGAGUUUGCUUUGCUUAAAAAUUUUGGUGACCAGUAUCAUUAACUUUGAGAAUGUAUUUUCUCUACAAUCUUAUGCUCAUAAAAAGUAGAAAGAACUGUAUGUUACCAAUCACGGCACUCUUGCUCUUCUGAACAUUUUGUAAAUUUUUUUAAUUUCAUCUUAUUUCAGAGGAAGAUGACUAUGAGUACAAAGAAAUGUUAAAACGGGACAAACGGCGCUGGGAGAUGGCUGAUAUUGACAAGGACAAUCAAAUAUCAAAGGAGGAGUAUACUGCAAUGCUUCAUCCUGAAGAAUAUGAUCACAUGAAAGAUGUUGUUGUGGAUGAGACAUUAGAAGAUAUUGAUAAAGAUGGUGAUAAAGCUGUCUCUAUUGAGGAAUAUUUAGGUAUUGUAAGCUAGUGUUGAUCUAAAUAGAUUGGAGAAUCAUGUGACCUAAUGGUGGGGUUUUUUUUUUUUUUGGGUGGGAAGUAUUCUGAAUAUUUAUGAGUAUUGUCAAAGCAUGAAGGAAACCAGGUGACAUGCAGAGGUAAAUUGAGGGGUAAUAUGAGUAAAACUAUCACCCUGCAUGUCCUGGGGGAAACUCAAUUGUUUCUCUUGCUUGUUUCAUGCAGUGGAAACUGGGAUAAGUGCUAGUAAUUUUUGGUAGUCAAUAAAUUUUAGACCUUUGGUUAAAGAGCUCAUCAAUUUGAAUGAUCUGUCAUAUAUUUUUAUCUUUGGGUUGGAAAAUUAUGUUUUUUCCUGUCCUGGCAUUUAUGUAACUUACUUAUUAAGAGAAAACAAGUUUCAUGUAACUUUGGACAAUGCUUGUUCCCAUUUCAGGUGAUUUGUAUCCAGAGAGUGAAAAAGAAAAGGACAAAGAAGAACCAGAAUGGGUGAAGACUGAAAGAGAACAUUUCAGAGACUUUCGUGACAAAAACAAAGAUGGAAAAAUGGACAGAGUACGUUUCUUUAUGUAUCAUAACUUGGAUGAUGAUUUUUGUAAGAAAAUGUAAAUGCACUGAAUGCUCAAGUUUUGCUAUUCUUUCUCUACUUGGUUGUUAAUUAUGACAGUUUGAUGUAACAGGUGAAAAUAAUUUAUUUCCUUCUGUACACUCUUCUUUUUUUCAAGUUUACAUGUGGUUACCUUUUAUUUGUGAGUUAUAGUCACUGGGUGACUUACAAUUGAUAUUUGUUCCAGGUAAGAGUUAAGCAAUCUUGAUGUUUUAAAAAACUUUGAUUUGACAGGAUGAAGUAAAAGAUUGGAUCAUUCCUCCCGAUUAUGAUCAUGUUGAAGCAGAGGCCAGACAUCUUAUUCGUGAAGCAGACAUGGAUGAGGUGAGAGUAGCAAAACUGUAGAGGGUAUACAUACAUAAAAAAAAUUAAGAUCAGUAACAAAUCUAUCAAAAUUCAAUUAAAAACAGCAAAAUUGCCCCUCCCUCCCACAAAAAAUAAUGGGAGUAGUAAUUUCACUUCAGAGUUGAAUCCUGGACAUGCAUUGUAAGAUCAAUGACCUUUUCUUACAAAUUAGACCAUUCUUUUAUUUUCCAAGGAAUUAGAUCAAAAAUUAUUUAAAAGCACUAUAAAUUGAGGAAUUGUACUUGUUUUUGAAAUAACUAAAUGGAUGGUCAAGAUUCAGGUUUGUACAGACACCUAAUUGAUCGUCACUGCUGUGAAAGUUUAAAAAGGGAAUUAAAUUGUAGUAAAAAGGGAACAUUUUGUACAUUGGCCAUGGUGUAGGGCAUCAAAAUAGCAAUUUAUCAAUCAAGUGUAAAAACACUUUGUCUCAAUAUCAUGCUACUAUUUCUGUCCAAUUCUUACGCUGUGGUACCAUUUUCUUGUAAAUUAGUCAUGAGAAUUUGGUGUUAGAUCGAAAUAACAACUUAAACUUGAUAAUUUUGAUUAUUCAGUUCUCAUUACAUGUUUGCUGGAUUACAUAUGGAUAUUGUAAGAGAGAAGUCACAUGUUAAUCACUUUUGGGAGUUAAAGGGUUAAGGGCCACUGUGUAACAAAAACGCGUUUUAAACUAUCUUAAAUGUUGCUGAAUCUCUUAUGUCAACACUGAUUUUUCUGAACAGUAUUAAGAGGGCUGAAAGUUAGCAGUGGAGGGAUGUUCAUUUAACCCUUUACUUCCAGAAGUGAUCAACAUGUAACUUCUCCCUAUAAUAUUCUUACAUUAUCCAGCAAUAAGGCAAUGAGAAUACUCAAACUUAUCAAGUAGAAGUUUUUAACUUGAUCUAACACCAAAUUCUUGUAACUAUUCUACAAGGAAUUGUGUAGCAGCCAGAGAGGAGAUCCUGAGAAUUAAGGAGUUAAUUAAAAUAACCCUCUUAUAGUGAAUAUGUAAGCCCCACUGCAUGCAUAAAACUGCGGAUUGGGUGAGAACUCAUGUAAAUUUGAACCAGCCCACAGAGAUUUCAUCCACAGUAAAUGCAAUGUGUUAAUUUUUGUUUUUCAGGAUAAUAAGCUUACAAAGGAGGAAAUUGUUGAUAAACAUGAUGUCUUUGUUGGAAGCCAAGCGACAGACUUUGGAGAAGCCCUGACAAGACAUGACGAGUUUUAGGCCAUCUUCAAGAUUUAAGUUACUUAUGGAAGUUUCCAAAGAAUUAUAGCUAUUAAAGAUAUAUUUUUAUACAUCAAGCAAUUACAUGUCACAACUUAGUAUUUUAUAUGAAAGAGAAAAAAAAAUGGUUGGUGUUAAGGAAAAAUGAAAAGAGGAAAAGUUGUAAUGUUUUUUGUUUAUGAAAUGGCAGUUUUGUCUAGUGUUGCCUGGAACUGUUUGAAGCAGUCCUUAUUACUGUGAACUUAGAAAACCAGGAAAAUCGGGGAACUUUUUUUUGCGGAAUCUCUUUGUUUCCAAAGAGAAAAGGCAGUCUUUCAUGCGCAAACCAGUGGUGAUGAGGUUGUGGGUUUUUAGGUUUGCUUAACCUUUUUAAUCCCAGAAGUGAUUAACAUGUAACUUCUCCUUAUGAUAUCCAUACAUUAUCCAGCAAACAGAUAACGAGAACAGCCAAACUUAUCAGGAAAAACUUGCUAUCUUGAUCAAACACACAAUUCUCUUAACCAAUUUACAAGGAAAUAUGUAGCAGCUAGAAGGAAGAAUUAUGGAUCAGAUCAUUAUUAAAGGUUAAGUUUCUAGAACUUUCUUGUGAUUUGUCCUCACAAAAUUUACCUGCCAGUCUUAUUUCAAAGUGUUGAAGGUUUUCUGGGUCAACUCCUUUGCUACCAAAAGUGGGUUUUCAUGCAAAAUUUUCUUAAAAUUCGAAUACAUUUGGCUGUCAAACCGAUAGGUAAUGAGAGGGUAGAAAAUUAUCAAAUAGGUGUCAUUGUUUGGAUAUAACCCCAAAUUCUCAUGGCUUGUGGGGUCUUAGAGUCGCAGGUGGUCACAGGUGCUCAUAAGUACCCCUUAGUAGGAAGAUUCUGAGUCAAGUUUACAAAAAUGAGAGAAGCAAGAAUUUUCAGUGGGAGGUUGUAGGUCCCUCCUGCUACAUUAGCUGCUCCUCUCAUGACACAAAUGUUUUGCUUGUGACCCCUGUGAAACAUCCUAACUAUACCUCUGCCAUUAGUUGGGAGAAUUAGGCCAUGUAUCUUUCUUUUGGAUUGAUCACUUCAAGUGCCUCUGUUAUGAAAAAAUGUUGUGUUCUUGCUUGGUUCUGAUUUAAGUGUUGGUCUUUUAGUGUAACCCUGUUGUGAAAGAUCGUUUUCCUGCCGAGCUACCUGUGCUGAAUGAUUGCACCUUUUAAGUUGAUCAUUGUGUACAGUUCAUGGUUUUUUUUUUUUUUUUUUUUUAAUAGCAAGUGAAAGUUAUUUAAUUUCUGACUUUUUUAAAUUGGAUAUACAAAAUACCAAGCCAGGGGACGUUGGUGGUAGUUGUAUUUUGUUUUUUGUUUUUUUUUUGUUUUGUUUUUUCAAAUCAAGGGUUUUUCUGAGCUUUUUUAAUUGUUCGUUAAUUUAUUUUAAUGUAGUAAAAACAAAGUUCCAAUUUACUUUGGUCUUGACUAUUGCUUUAGUAAAAGAUGCAAUUCUAAAGAUUUUUCACUUUUUUUUGCCCUCAAAUUUUAAAAGCUUGAGAAUGAUUUGAAAUUAAAAGAAGAUGAAUUUCCUAGAUUUGUUUGUCUUCGAUCUUUUGGAGAGAACUGCUACGAUUGUGCGGGAAAAGGUCAUUAAAGCUGACUGGCGUUUCUGGUGAAGCAGGGUAUGUUGCCCCUUUAAAAUAGCCCAUGCAGCAAAGAAACGCGUAACUUUUGUAUUUAAAGUGUUUAUUGCACAAGGAAAAAUUUGGGGAACAACAACACGUUUCCUGAUUUCAGUUUUCUUUCUCGUAAAAAAAAUGUGUUCCGGGAUGUAUUUUAUCUUUCGACUUGAACGCACCUCUUCCCCUCCCCCCUUUCAACUUCUCCAUCUCAUGCCCCUUUCUCCAUUCUCCUCUCCCUACUUUCCCCUCCCCCCUUCUCUCCUUUACCCUACUCCCGUCUCCCCUUCUCCUUUCCCCCCUCUCCCUUGUCUUAUCCCCAGAACCCGAUGCUUGUGGAACUAAGAGAGAGUGCAAGGCUCUCGAGGGCGUGUGCAAUCCUGCCCAACAUUUCUCAGUUUCGGUGCGUUGUGAUUUUGCGCAAAAGCUCCGACUUUUUUCAACAUAAAAGAAGUCCUUUUUCUCCUUUCAUAACGUUAUUUUUUUUACUGUUGUUUUUCCCCGCAUUUCAAACAGGGCCGUAGCUGGCAUGAGGUAAGACGCCCAAGAUUGACUUUUCUCAUGAAAAAUGCCACGGAAGAUGCUUAAAAGCGCAUUUCUGAGCCUUUAGAUUUAAAAAUAUUCUGGGGGACAUGCCCCUAUACCCCUCUAGCGGCUCGCGCCUUUGGCGCUCGAAACUUACCUUGUCUUGUUCUGAAGUCUAGGUAAGGCCCUGUAAGAGCGUUCCUUUUGCGCGCGAAGGCGCAAAAGGGAACCGCCUUGCUGAAGAAUUUGCAGGAUUUGCUUUGCGUGACGAAUAAGGGCAGUCGCGGCUGCCAUAAUGAAUGGCCUUUGUAUCCCCUUGUGAAUGAAACUUUAUUUCUCAACUAUCUGAAAGCUCAUUGACACAACAAUUUUGCCUACGUGGCGAGAAUUGCGAUGUAGCCUGCACCACAUGACGUUGAAGUAUCCAAUGGGAAUGUAGCAAUAGCAAGGCGUAUCUGAUACUAUAAAAUGCAGCGCGUGGCUGAUUCCUGUCAAAUUGAUCUGUCUGCCUUGGAAGGGGAAUUUCGCCGUAUUUGAUUAGCUAGCAGCUGUAUUUUUAUUCAUUACCCCAGAGAAAUGGCCAAACUUUGCCAUGUGCUGUGUAUUUCGUUGUACUUUGUAGGUGCAUUUGCAAAAUCCGUCGAAGAUGGAAAAAAAAGCGGAAAACUUUCGGAACAGGAGCAUUACAAUAAGGACGGUCAACACAACACGGAAUACGAUCACGAAGCUUUCCUGGGAAAACAGAAGAAAACUUUUGAUCAGCUUACUCUUGAAGAGUCCAAAGAAAGACUUGGGUGAGUUGAAUCGGUCUUCGCUGUAACUGAUCAUUGAAUGACAUUUUGUUUUGAAGGCAAACUCGAAGUAGAUCCAAGUUGCGGCAUCUCAAUUGUUUAGAUGUGUUAGAUGUUCAGCUAUGGAUACAAAGUUUUAGCUCCAUAAUUUUAUUAUGCAGCUGCCAAUACAGUAAGUGUUAUUCCUUUAUGAGUUAGAAUUGAACAAAGAGGUCCGGGUGAUUUAAACCGUGGAUGGAGUGAUAAUUAUUGUUUUGCGCUUUUCGUGCGCUAUCCGAAACUGGAAAGGUUAUUUUUCCUCGCUGCGAGGAAUUUCCAGGUAUCUCCCAGUUUGCGAUGGAAGGUCGAAAAAUAGCAAAGCUACAAAGUCCAUUUUCAGGUUUCCUCUUUGAUGAAUCGUGGUAAAUUAGCUGAUGUCUCUUCUUUAAACCAACUAUUGAAGCGGUUAUUGUAACAUGAUACAGACCUUGACUGCCACGUGGAAAAGUACAGGGUAUGUUGUGUGAUGGUCUAAUGCGCGUUGCGUGACACAACAUAUAGUCACGGUUACGUUAUUCUUUUCACAGUAGACCAACUAUUGUGGAUAUGGCUAUAACGUGUUGUUAGUCCUUAAAUCUCACCAAUUUUUCUGUGUUUAUUUUCAUUGCCAUUACAACAGACCAGUUUAUAGCUUUCUUGGGCAAUUUCAAAGAAAUUUGGACUUCCAUUUGUGACAUUUUAGGGGCUUCCGCAAACGCAUCAUAGAUUCUAACAAAUUCAUACUGAAAAAAAGUUAUCAUUAUGCACAGAACCUUUAUUUACUCUUUGGUUAUUCAGGGCACAUGCCUCCUUGCUCAACCUGCAUUUCAUUGGAUAAUCAAUAAGAGCUGAAUGAUCUACAGUCCUUCUAGCAUGUACAUGUGGGGAAAAAUGGAGUAACUCUUGUACACAGAAAGAAUGCAAUCCUCCCUUAAAUAUAGUGAAAAUUUAUUUGUUUUGAAGCUACCACUAAAAAAAUGCACUCAUAUUAGAUGUUUGUGUAAGAGUGACUCUUUGAUAGUGCAAAUUACGCAAGGAUAUACAUUGUUUUAAGGCUCUCUAUAAAGACAAUUAUCUUUGUACAAGCUCCAACACAAGUAUCCGUUUCGCAGGAAAAUUGUCGAUAAAAUAGACAAAGACAAAGAUGGGAAAAUUACAAAAGAAGAACUUGGAGCGUGGAUUAAAUUCACAAAGGAUCAACACGAUGAGGAAACUAUUGAUAAAAAGUGGAAAGAUGUCAUUGCAAGAUUACAGAAAGUAAUGUCCCGAAAGGAUGCUUCAUCUGCAAAAACUGUUGAUCCCGAUGGUGCGAUCACAUGGGAGGACCACAAUGAAGUCAGCUAUGGAGGAAAGCCAGGUACUGUGUAAGAAAGGCUCUAUCUCUGUCAAGUUUGGAGUCACGGCACAAAUAGUAAUUAUUGUUUAAGGUAACAUGCAAAAAUUCCAGCUCCUAGUCUGAUUGAGCUCCUGUCAUUGGGAUUUCAACAGAGAGUUCUGAUUGGUAUAGCUGGAGAAUUCUUUGCUCUCCAAUGCUUUAUAAAAACUUUGUACACCCAAAAUCAGAUUGUUUCAUGUCAUCUCAGGUGCAUUAAAUCUCCUUCUUACCAAUUCAUAUUCUUGUGAUGGUGUUGUUUUAAGAUAACAGCAGAUGGGUAUGUCUAUUCUUCUUACUUUUCAGCUGGAUAGACAUAUUGGUAUUAUCAGGAGAAGUUCCAUGUUUAUCAGAUUGUAGGGUUUUAGAGCAAGGACGUCAUGAAUCUGGCCAUUAAUGUCACAGUUAUCAACAGCACAGCUACCUUUUUGACUUACUGUAGGCCUGUUCCUUAAUUAAGAAAGUUUUAUUUUUUGUUUCAACUUUUGCAAGAGUCGCAUUCUGAAAGGCAUCUGUAGUAUUAGGUGUGAGGCAGGAUUUGAGUUGGAUCUUUUGAGGUACAAAUCCCUAAACCUUGACUUAAUUUUUGACAAUUAUCAUUUUUGUGUUUAUUCCCAUCAGAGGAGGAACUAGAUGACAUGUACAAGGGACAAGUAAAGAUAGAAAAACGAAGAUGGAAGAUGGCAGAUCUUGAUCAAGAUGGCAAACUGUCCAGAGAAGAAUUCAGUGCCUUUUAUCAUCCAUGGGAACAUGAACAAACACAUGAUGCAGUUGUACAGGAAACUAUUGAGGACAUGGACAAAGAUAAAGAUGGAGUCUUAUCACUCAAGGAGUACUUAGGUAUGAAUAAGUAUAGAAACAUAAUACUGAAAGGCUGAAGGCAUUAACAGUAGUUAGUAUAAUUAUACCACACAGGUGAACAGUACUUUUAGUGUGAGUAGAUUGGCUAGUUUGGAAGUGAUUAGCAAGUACUUUUGACCUCUAGACAGCGAUUGAGACAAAUCUGCGCAUUGAGGGUUUAAUUUCUGAUAUUUUUUGGUAUAUUGAUGGAAAGUAAUAUAUUUUUGGUUUCUGUGUGGUAUAUACUAUAACAAUUAUUCACCUCAGUGUUGGUGAAAGGGGUGGAUACUUACCUCACUGCUUUGUGGCCCAGUAAAUAUCCACCAAUAUUCACCUCUGCUUUGGUGAAUCAUUGCUGAUUAUUAUAUCAUAUACUAAAUACAUGCACUCUGUUUGGUACUUCCUUAUGUGGUUUGUUAAAUAUACAGAAUUGAAAUUUUCCCUCUUCUAUUUGAACCCAGGGAUUUAACAACUGUCUUUUAGUUAACAACCACAUUGUCUUGGUCUGUAUUAUAUGUUAUGGAACCUUGUUUUUAUUUUGCUCAGAUUUAUGGCCCAUGUGCAUUGCAUUUAGGCCAUAAAUCCAAGCAGAGAAAACUUGAUCUGUAACUGCUGUAUGGACUUGCAUUGUGGACCUCAAACUUGGUUAGUAAGAUAUAUUUAUAAUGCAGGUAACUUAAGUGCUUUUUGCAAGCUGAUUAACUAGCUUAGGAGUGAAUAAGAAGUACUGUUAACCUUUGAUCAGCCGAAAAGACAGAAUCAAACAUCAAGAGUUUUAUAUCCAACCAUUUUAAAUGGUUUUUCAACAGACUGUGGUAAAUAGAUAAGUUAUUUGCUGAAGCAGAAUGCUGUUUAAAAUAAUUGCAUGAUCAGCUUGUUUCAAGCUGUUGAGAGUUAAGAUGUGCACAAAUUAGGCCAUGGUAAAUGUCAAGCAAGUCCAUUUCCAUGGAAUUAUACUGCAACUCCAAAAUGAUAUCAUUUGGUUGGAUUUAAAUGGGUAUGACAAUGUUUGCACUUUUGUGUGGAGGAGUGGAGAUGAAAUUAUGCCUUCUAAAUGCUCUUUUCAUUUGCUUGCUAAAUCUGUAGACGAAGUGCACCCUAGGGAUGAAAAAGACAUGACAAAGGAACAAAUCGCCCAGAAGAAAGCGGAUGAGAACUAUUUCCAUACAAACCGUGACAUAAAUAAGGAUGGUGUGAUGGACAAGGUAACUCGUCAGAUGUGCAUAAAAUGAAGGUGCUAAAAUAUACAACAUGAAUUAUGUAAUUAGCCAGACAUAGGUUGUACUUAAUAUCUUUAGGGCUAGCAGAGGUUGGCCUACAUGUGGAUUACACAUCAAGAUGGAAAUUUCUAGAAUUUGCAUUUGAGUUCACUAUGUGAUGAUGUUUUUAAAUUAUUGCUCAUGCCUUGGUCAGAAUAUCUUGUGAUUGCUCCUAAAUCUCCCAAGUAAGGGGUGUAGUCCUUCAUGGAGGAGAAAUGUACUAAAUGUUUUGUUUCCUUAUUACUAAAGCCUUUAACUCCCAAGAUUUGAUCGUUAAUUCUCCCCUCUACCUGAUACACAUUUCCUUGCUAAUUAGUUAUGAGAAUUUGGUGUUAGAUCAAGUCUCUCGUGUUAGGGAGAAGUUUCAUGUUGAUCACUUCUGGGAGUUAAAGGGUUAAUUCCUUGCUCUUUUUGUUUAUCACAUAUUUAAGGAGGAAGUCAAGGAAUGGAUGUUUCCUUCAAAUUAUGAUGCUGUCAAAUCUGAAGUGUCGCAUUUAAUAUACCAUGCUGAUACUGAUAAGGUUGGUCCUCUAUGCCUGUUUAUUUGGAAAUAAAUGAAUAUGUCACAUUUGAUCCUGGUACAAAAGGGAAAAUGUAAAUUAUGGAAAACAAGGAAUUUUUCUAACCAAUGAAAAGUUUUCAGUAACUUGUGCAUCCACUCUAAUGAAUUAAAAAACUAACCCACAAACCAAUCAAAAAUUGUUGUUGUCAGUCUCAUGGUUGUGUCAUUGACAUCUUCAUGACUGGUCAAGGGUGUGUCGGGUGGUUAUAAUUUUGCUAUGGUAACUUAAACCUUUGCACCCUACCUGGCACUUCAAUCCUGUUCCCCUCCAAGAUUUCAAGUAUUCAACUCUUCUUGCUCUCUGUCACUGAUGUCAUUUUAGCUCAGCUAUUAGACUUUGUUGAUGGAUCAAUAAAUGUUCCCUUAGGUUUUUUUUUCCAUCACCUUUCUGCUAGUCAAUGCAUUGAUGAAGUGGGGAGAAAUCACAAGUGCUCUCAUCUGUUUUUGAGAAGGUUAAAACACUACGCUAAAGUCAUUCUUAAGCCAACAACCAGUUAAAGUAUAUAUGUUUCACAUGUUUCUGAGAGGGGAAGAAUUGCUUAUGCAUAUUUAACUAAUGUUUUGGUUCUUCCCAUUUUGGUGUGACAUCUGACCAUUUUAUAUGAAAAUUAUACUUGGAUCAGCAGUUUUUCUAGACACUAAUUGUCUCUUUUUCAUUCUGUUUGUUUCUCAGGAUAAAAUGUUGACAAAAGAAGAAAUUCUCAACAAUCAUAAGUAUUUUGUUGGAAGCAAAGCAACAAAUUAUGGCAAAGAUCUGACCAGACAUGAAGAGUUUUAAACUUCCACCAAAGGAGAUUUUUGUAUACAGUUUACCUGUGCUAGUUCAUUUGCCAAAGUCUAUUUUUUUUAAAAAAAGCUACAGAUUUCAUUACAUGAUACAGUUAUAACUGCUUUUUAUGCUUGGUUUUAUUUUAUUGAAUUUAAGAUAUG